AUAAUAAGAUAUUAAAAUAAUAUUUACAAAAACCGAAUUUUGACCAUGAUAAGAGUGAACCAUUCAUCUAGCAGCGAAGAAGAAGAAGAAAUGGCGAGAUUUUCAGUUGGAAGAGAUGAACAUGAUAAUGAUGAAGGAGGACCCUGUAACUCCAGCACAUCUGUAUGCAAGAGACGGAGGACUACCGCCGGAACUUUCUCUCGCGGCGUCGUAAUCUGUCAACAAGAAGAAGUAGAAGAAAGAGAAAGGGAAAGGGUUGUUCAGGAAAAAGUAGAGGAAGAGGCAGAGGAGGAGGAUUGGGGAUCGGAAUCUGAGGGAAAUUUCCGAUCGAGCGGUGAUCGGAGGGUGCCAGUUCGUGAAUCCGAUGUUUUAAGAGAGAACACGUCUAUUUCUGGUGAGAGCAUGUAUCAGAAUUUUGAGGAUUCAAUCAUAAACAGGUCAAUUUUUAUGACGUUAUUGGAUCUGGAUGUGUUGGAUUGCCCGAUCUGCUUUGAACAUCUCUGUGUUCCUGUCUUUCAGUGUGGGAAUGGGCACAUAGCAUGUGCCCCUUGCUGCAUCAAGAUUGCUAAUAAGUGUCCAUCAUGUUGUUUGCCAAUUGGAUAUAACCGUUGUCGAGCUAUGGAGAAUGUUCUAGAAUCUCUGAAAGUGUCAUGCGUGAACAAUAGGUAUGGUUGUAAGGAGAUUCUGAAUUUUAGUAAGAAAACUGACCAUGAAAAUGCAUGCAUCUAUGUGCCUUGUUUUUGUCCUUCCCAUGGCUGUGACUUUAUAGGUACUUCAGCAAAGGUAUAUGCACAUUUUAGCGAGAAACAUGCUUCUUCCGCAGAGCACAUUUCUUUCAAUGCUGUCCAUCCAAUUUAUAUAGAAAAAGACCAAAGGUACAUAAUUCUUCAAAUGAGGACAGAAGGUAUACUUUUUAUCGUCAACCAUGCUAGUGACCGUGUUGGGAGUUCUAUCAACAUCAUCUGUGUUGGACAAGCUAGGCAGAAGAGAAGGUUCUCAUACAAGCUUGUAGUAACAGAUGGGGAAAGUUCUUUUAAACUAGAAUCCGUUGCAGAGAGUGUGCCAAACUGGUCAGAAGAUAGUCCUAUGAAGAAAUUCCUUGUGGUCCCAAAAGAUGUCGUUAAUUCCAGUGCUCGGCUGAAGUUGGAUGUUCUCAUAGAAGAGAAGGAAUGA